AUGCGGAGCCCCUUUGCGAUAUCACAUGAGGACAUUGGAGCGCUGAAUGAGUCGCAAGCUUUUUGCGUGCUGAGGAGCUAUCUUGCGAGGGAUGCUGACUUCUGCACCAACCAUACGCCAUGCGACCCAGAGGCUAAAGAAACGUUUAUCCUCCACCGCGAUAUCCUCCAUGCACUUAUAAUGCCUGUCGUCGCUCUUUUUUCGCGGGCAUCUGCUCUCGCCUCAGCCGCUUUAUGCACGCAAAAGAGCGAGGACCUAGAGCUAGCAUUUGCUGGAGAAGCACGGGGCGCAUUUCUAUGCCUCCAAUGCUUCAUCACAGAGGAGCUUGACUGGUGUCGAACGAGGGGAUGCCCCGCUUGUGUUGUGACAGCAACACUCAGUACCGAAUCGCAUAUCCGACUCACAAUUGCGGCGAGCUUACUUUCGACGGCGAGUGUUGCGAGCCCGAAUUCGUCACCGGCUAGCACUCCCUCGACUGAAGAGCCAUGUGCCGUGAAUCGCGCUCUUCCUCCCCUUCCGCAUAUUCUCCCCGCUCUCCGCACAGCGCUUUCCUUGGACCCAUUCUGGAAAGACGAACACGAUAAUUGGCCGUACUUGCUCUCGCGCGCGACUCAACUUUCAGCGGGUAUCCAGGGCCUCAUCGCUGAAUGCGUCAACCUCGAGUCGCUCGUGUCUUCUCCUACCACCGAACGUCCAUCACAGUUACAGAAGCGUGGUUUAACGCAUCCCAUCGUCCCAUUCGCGGCAUCUGGGCAGGCGGUCGAAGAGAAGGGCGUCAAGCUAAGAAAAAGUAAAUUGGCGAAGAGACAGUUGAGAUUGAAAGACGAGGAGGUGGAGAUGAUGAGGAGGGUGGUGCUGCAGUGUUGGGCGAGGGCGAGAGUACCGAAGCAGGUUAGAGGAGAGGUACUGGGUGUGGGGAAGAGUAAUAGGACCAGGUCAUUGACUUGUCCGUAA